GGCACACAACAAACGAAAUGGAUUACGGAACUAUUCUCGAGGAACGGACAAAUCCCGCCGUAUUGAUGAAUGCUCGUGAGCAGUACAUGCGCCAAUGUGCUCGUGGAGAUCCUAGCGCCGCGUCGACUUUUGCCUUUGCACAUGCCAUGAUUGGAUCCAAGAACAAACUGGACGUGAAGGAGGGAAUCGUGUGUCUUGAGAAGCUUCUCCGCGACGAUGAGGACAGAACGAGCAAGCGCAACUACGUCUACUAUUUGGCAGUGGCACAUGCUCGUAUCAAGCAAUACGACCUUGCAUUGGGAUACAUCGACGUGCUUCUUGACGCCGAAGGCGAUAACCAGCAGGCGAAGACGUUGAAGGAAAGUAUCAAAUCCGCAAUGACUCAUGAUGGCCUCAUUGGUGCAGCUAUUGUUGGAGGAGGAGCACUUGCACUUGCCGGACUUGUCGCCAUCUUUUCAAUGAGCAGAAAAUAAUUAUUUACGGCCUGAUUUGUUACGAACUGCUCGAGCACCUUUGUAUUGUAUAUAUUUUUAUAGAUAUCCCCGUAUCUCUGAUACUGUUUCGGGUUUUUCUUACUUCCAAGGUUCAUUUUAUAUUCAGACUGUUUAAAAAAUGAAGAAUAGUGUUUAUCGGA